AUGGCUUCCAAGUUCUCCUUCUCCUUCUCUUCCAAACACUUCAUUCUCUGUCUAUUUAUUCUCUAUAUGUGCCUCUUAAUCCUAAUUUUAUCAUCAUUUAUACCCGCGAAGCCCAGUAACCUUGUUAUUACCAGUCGACACCAACAGGUUUUUAAGAAUGAAAUCAAGAAUGUGGAUUGGUUCAUUGCCAUUUCCAAACUAUUCAAAAUCAAGGGCAGGAAAAUUAAGGUUGGUUUGGUCAAUGUAGAUGAUUAUAUUCAUAGUCAACUUCAUGGACUAGAAGAUCAUGUUGAGACAGUCUCAGUAGGGUUUGAGCGUGUGUCCAAGGAUCGAAAAUGGGGGGACUAUUUUCCAGAAUGGAUUGAUGAAGAUGAGAAAUGGGGCUCCCCGAAGUGUCCCGAAAUCCCAAUCCCCAAAUUGGAGGGGUAUAAGGACAUCGAUGUGGUGCUUGCCAAAGUUCCAUGUGACAAGGAAGGGAUUAGGGAUGUGUUUAGGUUACAAGUUAAUUUGGUGGUGGCUAAUCUAGUGGUGGGGGAAGGGUGGAUGAAGCCUGAUGCUCAUCGAACGGUGUAUGUUGUGUUUAUCGGGUCUUGUGGGCCCAUGGUGGAGAUUUUCAGAUGUGAUGAUCUUUUGAUGCACCGAGGGGACUAUUGGGUUUAUAUGCCUGAUAUUGGGAGAUUGAAACAGAAGGUGCUUAUGCCUGUUGGUUCUUGCCAACUUGCUCCUGGUUAUGCAGAAACAGGUACAGAAAUCUGGAAAAAGUUCAUGUAUAACUCAAGCUCAUGGACCCCAUACAUCAAGCGGAGGCUUGCGUAUGUAACAAUCCUGCACUCUUCAGAAGCUUAUGUCUGUGGAGCAAUAGCUCUAGCCCAAAGCAUCAGACAAACCAACUCCACCAAAGACCUUGUCCUCCUUGCUGAUCACUCCAUCACUCCCCCCUCCAUCCAAGGCCUAACCGCGGCAGGGUGGAAGAUCAAGCAAAUCGAAAGAAUCCGAAGCGCAUUUGCCCGCAAAGGGUCAUACAACGAGUGGAACUACAGCAAACUCCGCCUGUGGCAGCUCACAGAGUAUGACAAAGUCAUUUUCAUUGAUGCCGAUCUUUUGGUCCUAAAAAACAUAGACAGGUUCUUUAUGUACCCACAAUUGUCAGCUGUGUCAAAUAACAAGAUGUUGUUCAAUUCUGGCUUGAUGGUUGUGGAGCCAUCGAAUUGCAUGUUCGAAUACCUAAUGCGAAAAACGUUCAAGAUCAAACCAUACAAUGGCGGUGAUCAGGGCUUUUUGAAUGAGAUUUUUACAUGGUGGCAUAGGUUGCCUUGGAGGCUAAAUGCCCUGAAAAUGUUUAACAGGCCAAGUAAGGAAGGAAACAAUGAGAUGGCCAAGGAUCUUUACGCAAUACAUUACUUGGGGAAGAAGCCAUGGACUUGUUACAGAGAUUAUGACUGUAAUUGGGAAGCGAAUGGACGAAGUGUUUUUGCAAGUGACUCGACUCACAGGAGGUGGUGGAAAGUGUAUGAUAAAAUGCCAGAGGAGCUGAAAUCUUAUUGUGGGUUGACAAAGAAGAUGGAUGCAGAGUUGAAGGAGAGGAGAGAUAGAGCAUCUAAGGCUAAUUUGUCUGAUGGGCAUUGGAAAAUUGAGGUUAAGGACCCUAGACAAUAUCACUUGAAUAUAUAG